CCUUGACCCGGGGCGCGCCGGGACGGGAAUUCCUUCCUCCGGCACGGUGCCGGCCACGGGGAGCCCGGCCGUGGGGCACGGCGUGGGGCUGAGCCCCGUCCCGCCGUCCCGCAGCCCCCCGGCCCCGCAGGCAGCGCUCUCCCGGCGAUGGCCCCAGCCGGAUCCCCCGUUCCCCGGCAGGAAUGUGCCGGGGGAGCCCGGCCCCCUCGCGCCGGGACGGCUUCCUCUUUUCCAGCUAUUUAAGGGCGGUUUCGGCACGUCCCCUGCAGCGGCCGGGCCAUGGAUCGGAUGGAGGUGACCGAGACCUUUGCCGGCAUCUCCCUGCCCGGCCACCUCCACACCCAGGACUCCCUCAGCUUCGCCGCCACCUUCCAAUUCCGCCCCACCGACGUGGUCAUCGCCACCUACCCCAAAUCGGGCACCACGUGGAUGCAGGAGAUCCUGACGCUGCUCUUCAGCCACGGGGACGUCCUGCCAGCCAAGACCAUCCCCAACUGGGAGCGGGCGCCCUGGCUGGAGCAGAUCUACUUCAGGGAUGCGCUGCAGGACACGGCCACCCGCCGGCUCAUCACCACCCACUUGCCUGCCCACGUCCUGGCCCCCGCCCUGCAGCAGAGCAAGGCCAAGGUGAUCUAUGUGGCCAGGAACCCCAAGGAUGUCGCCGUCUCCUUCUACCACUUCCACCGCCUGGCCAAGUUCCUGCCCGACCCCGGCUCCUUCGACACCUUUCUCACGCAGUUCCUCGAGGGCACGGUGCACUACGGCUCCUGGUUUGACCACGUCAAGGGCUGGUUGGGCCAGCGGCAGCUCCUGGACAUCAUCUAUGUCACCUACGAGGAGCUGCACCAGGACCUGCGCGGCACGGCGCAGCGGCUCAGCGCCUUCCUGGGCUGCCCGCUGGGACCGGAGACGCUGGCAGCCCUGGAGGAGCACUGCAGCUUCGUCGCCAUGCGGGACAACGCCAUGGCCAACUACUCCCUCAUCCCCUCCGAAAUCAUGGACCACAGCCAGGGACGCUUCAUGAGGAAAGGUGUGGUGGGGGACUGGCGCGACCACUUCUCCCCUCUGCAAAACGCCCUCUUCAACCGCCUCUACCAGGAGGAGAUGGGCGACUCGGAGCUGCCCGCGCGCUGGCCCAUGGCCUGAGGGGGGCCGGGGGGGGCCGGCAGCACUUGGCCUUGCCACUGCACAACACGACUGCCCUGCUGCCUGCGGAGCCCCGCUGCGGGGGGGGCACCCUGCAUGGGGAGCCCCCAGCACCCCCAUAACGUACACAGCCCCAUCCAUCGCCGCAGGGGCCGGGGCUGCGGCGCAGCUGGGGGUCCCACCGCAGGGAGAGGUGGGGGGACACUAGCUGCCUGACACCCCCCAGGGAUGGGGGACUUUUCCGGCCACGCAUUGUGGCCAUCCCUGUGGCCUUCCUUCCCCUGGGGCGGGGGCGCGUGGCCGUGACCCCCCACCUUCCGCCCAGCCUGCCCUGGGGAAAUAAAUAUUUAUUGUUGUUCCCA